UUAUAUGAUGCAAUAAUCAAACAUAAAAACAGCGCUUCGGUCUGCGUUUCAAUUUUAAUUUUCAAUUCUGUUGCAAAAAGUUAAAGCUUGAACAAAAAAAACCGGACAUCAGUUCUAAAAAUUACCCAGAAAUGGCUUCCCCCACUGCAAACCCUGAUGAGGUUAAAUUUGAGCUUGAAGAAAGAAAUAAUGGUAUUACCAGCACUCAACUCAAUCAAGUUGACAAGCCACUGGCAAAACCAGAAGUCAAUGUCAUCUACGAAGAGCCGGUGUAUGUUCAGCAGACUAAACUGGAUAAUGAUGCAACUGAAGUAAGCAAAGGCUCAAUGUUAUGCUGGAAAGUUGUCGUGGUUGUUUUGUCUAUAGCUGUCGUUGUGCUGACAACUCUUCUCGUAACUCUGACAAUCUCCUUCUCAAACAAAACGAGCGACCUUGAAUCAAGACUGAACUCAAUGGAAACCAACCAAUUGGACGAAAAACAAAAGACUCUUCUCCUGACAAUCUCCCUCUCAAACAAAACGAGCGACCUUGAAUCAAGACUGAACUCAAUGGAAACUAACCAAUUGGACGAAAAACAAGAUGAAACAAGCAUCAUCGUUUUUCAACGUCGAGGUCAAUUUGAUGUUGAUUUCCAUAGAAAUUUCUCCGAAUACGAGAAUGGUUUUGGAGGCUCAACCACCAUGUCAGACUUUUGGCUGGGAUUGAAAACAAUGCAUAACUUGACCAAACAAGGAAAAUGGAAAUUAAGAAUCUGGACGCGACAAUUCUUAGACAAUCUAGUCAUUUGGGGCGAAUGGGAAGACUUCACGGUCGGCCCUCACCCCUUUUACCGAUUAUCAGUUGGACCAACGGUGGCGAGUAAGAACAUGUGGUACCUUGACGAUGCGGGUCCUGGGCCAUGGGCUCGUCGUGGCCUUCAAUAUCACAAUGGAAUGGCCUUCAAGACUUAUGACAUGGGCGAAGAUGGUAUCUGUGCUGUUAAGCAUACUGGCGGCUGGUGGUUCAAUGGAUGUCACAGUAUGCACCCGAAUGGAAUGCAGACAACUUCGAAUUCCCACCAGAAUGGCACACAGAUGUCAAUCACAAAUGAGGCAGGACGACGAACUUAUAUUUCUUACAGUGAGAUGACAAUGAUACGUAUUGGAUGA